UAAUAUUAGUGCAGAACACUGUACCUUUAAUUUAAAUGCCUUGGAGUUCUGCUGGGGAAGAGAAAUAAUACUGUCAGUCAGUAUGACAUGCAGAUGAGUGCCGUCGAUCUUAGAAUCACCGCACACUUCACUCAUUUGGCCAGUCACGGGGCCAAAAAACCAGUGCUUGGAGCCACAGUGGGUGGAGGGAGCAGCAAUGGGGGGCCCAAAAGCAACCCUAUGACAAAAUGGAAACCAAGGAGUGUGAGGAGACCUCAAAGGGGCACAUGGGAGAAUGUGGGGAUGGAGACACAGCAAAGGGAAGGCCGUACAGGGGCC